AACUUUACAAAAACUAUUUCGAUUUUAAAUUUUUGCGCGCCAUAAAAAUGUCUUUUUGCGCAAGUGUUAAGACUUUAAUUUGUGGAACGACCGUUGGAGGGCUCUUUUGAUCGUGUGUACGGGAUGUCGGACACAAAAGGAAAACCCGGAGCGAAAGCUGCACCUGCAGCUACUCCUGCAAAGGCAGGAGAUAAGAAGAAAGUCCCCAGACCGAGAAACUACGACCUCGGAAAUGGCGUCUAUCGAUUCAGUAGAACAAGGAUGUUUCACAAAAAAGCGAUCUACAAGUUCCUGGGAAAAAAGACAGAAAAGACUGUCAAACCCAAGAAACCACUGACCAUUGAAAAGAAGAUCGGUGGUGAUAAGAACGGAGGAGUCAGAACUGUUCUUCUCAAGAAAAGGAGGGCUAGUUACCCAACUUCCGAUCCUGUCACUGUUCACCACAGUAAAAAAUGCUUCAAGGAUCACUCUAGAUACAUCAGACCCUCUCUCACUCCCGGAACCAUUUGCAUCCUUGUAGCUGGUCCUCACAAGGGAAAGCGAGUCGUUUUGUUGAAACAUCUUAAGAGCGGACUCCUCUUAGUCACUGGUCCCUUCCUAAUCAAUGCUUGUCCUUUAAGAAGAACAAGUCAAAAUUAUGUGAUUGCGACAUCUACUAAGAUCGACAUCUCCGAAGUAAAGAUUCCUGAUCAUCUCAAUGACGAGUACUUCAAAAGGAAACGUGACAAGCGAGCAAAGAAGGAAGAAGGCGACAUCUUCUCCAAGAAGAAGGAGGAGUACAAGCCUAGUGAUCAGAGGAAGGAAGACCAGAAGCUGAUGGACAAACAAGUGAUCGCUGCUAUUAAAAAGAAUAAAGAUAAGAAGAUGCUUUUCACGUAUCUAUCGGCGAUGUUUGGUCUGCGCAGCAGUCAGUAUCCUCAUAGGAUGAAGUUCUAAUUGGGAAAUGUUCAUUGAGAAAAUACAUUUUUUAAAACCCA